GCAAAUUCUGCGGCGAAACGAAAGUUCCAGAUGUACUUGUAAGCAGCAAGUACCGCAUGCUGAUCACCUAUAAAACUUCCUUUCACAAUGCCGGCCAUAAAGGUUUUAAAGCCCACUAUGAAGCAAUUUGUGGCGGUGACGUGUAUCAAGAAAAAGGAAUACUUCACAGUCCCAACUACCCAGAGGACUACUGGCCCAAUAAAGAAUGCACGUGGAGAAUAACUGUUCCAGACAACCACCAGGUGGCGCUGAAAUUUCAAUCUUUCGAGAUCGAAAAUCAUGACAACUGCGUAUAUGACUAUUUGGAAAUCCGUGAUGGACACGAGAGCACAAGUCCUUUGUUGGGAAGGUUUUGUGGAUACAAGAAUCCGGAGGAUAUCCGCUCUUCAGGGAACAAGAUGACAGUCAAGUUUGUGUCUGAUAGAUCGGUUCAGAAGGCUGGAUUUGCAGCCGAUUUUAUUAAAGAACUAGAUGAAUGCAAGGGCGACCACGGAUGUGAGCACGAGUGCACAAAUACUCUCGGUGGAUAUAAAUGUGAAUGCAGAAUUGGAUACGAGCUGCACUCGGAUGGCAAAAAGUGUGAAG